AUGGACACGAUGGAUACGAUGGAUACGAUGGACACGAUGGACGGCUUUGACCCAAUGGAUAUGUCCUACAUGGGCAAUUCAAUGCCAGUCGGCCUCCUAUCUCAUACCGAUUACCUACAGCCGAGCUCGGGGUUGGAUAUGCAGGACAGCUUGUCGAAUUUCGACAACGAGAUGUAUCUGAGUGCCGAAGGCUUGACCUUUGCACCCUCGACCAGUAUUGGGCACCCCAUCCUCAAGCGCUUUUCAAGUUCGUUCGAUGACGCUUUUGGUGACCCAAACACUUCCCAAUUCGAACAGGGUUUGCCGGAACAGAUGAUACCGGAGAGUCCUUCGCUAGAUCGAGAAAACAAGCUGUUGAGCUUCUCAAUGCCAACCUACCAUUUCACACUGCUAGACUCUUCUUUACGAAGGACGUCUUUGAACAUGACCGCACAACUGCAUGGCAUGUUCUUCCUUGCCGAAUCACAGUGGCCUACCAAUCCUGAUGCGAUCCCGCCUCCGCCCGAGCUGACCUGUUAUCGCCGCAAUCUGUUUCAGAUAACUGGAACAGUCACUCUGCCAAGGAACUUAAGGUACAUCAUGACUGACCAUGGUGACCGGAUACCUAUAUUUACCCAGGAACUAACCGUAUCAGCUAUUGAGUCGGUAGAAGGCAACCCUGUGAGGAUCAUUUCGGUUCCUUGGAAGAAUGCCGCGGGCAGUGGAACAAAUACAGAGGACAAAGUGGAGCGAGAGCCCCCUUCGAUACCUCUAGAAACCAUGAGUAGCUCGGACUUCGACACAGAUUAUGCCACCUUUCCCAUCCAAUGGAAAAGACUGCAAUUCAGGAUAGCAACGGCGAAUAAUGGUCGCAGGAAAGAGCUGCAACAACAUUUUGUGAUCAAGUUAAAGAUUAUGGCUACGCUAUCCACGGGGGCCAGAUAUUCAAUUGCUGAAGCACAGUCUGGAGCCAUCAUCGUUCGAGGACGAAGUCCUCGUAAUUUCCAGUCACGAAAGGACCUUCCGCUUAGCACCAGUGCUGGGCUAUCUCGGAAAGGUGUGGGCGCUGGAAUGAGCCGGACCUCUACUGGUGACAGCGUACCACAAGCUUCGACAUCGAAACCCGCUGUAUCGCCUGAUGAAGUAGCUCAAGUGGUCUUUCCCCAACAAGAAAGCCGUGACCUACAAUCUACUACCGCCGAGCUGAACGAAUGGACGCAAAUGUCACAUCCAACCAUUCCUGAACCUCUACCCACACCAGACUACGCAAACUCUAUGGGGCCACCUCAGCUUCCACCUUACACCAAUUCCAGCCCACCCGAAGUCGCUUCAACGAUAUCUUUCACAAAUCCUAACAUAUCCGUUUUGAACGCCCCCGUAAGCCUCUCAUUCUCAAGCGACGACGAAAUUAGCCCUGUCGCUCGUUCUGCGAGACCCUCAUUACCACGAGCACCAACCUCCAACCCCUCGUCUUCUCUACCAAAAUCGACCAAAUCGCGCUCCGCCCCAAUCCCCUCCCCACCUCCGCCGCCCCUACAAACCCCACCAAAACAGCGUCCGAAACUCAAUUCGCAGAACACGUCAUCUUCCUCCGCCAAUAGCUUUAAACGGACCUCCAGCACUCAAGAAGCAAAAAGAAUAUCCACAGCCUCGUCAACAACAAGUCCAGUCCAAAACGAUGGACCAGACGCAGCAGACACGCUGUAUGAGUAUUUCCCGCUAGGUCUGGAUGAUUGGAUGCCACCCGUUGAUGCAGUCUAUCGGCCACAUGUGCAUCAUCACCAACAUACCAGUUCUAUACAGAAAAAUAGUAUGUCGGCAGAGACGGGUUCGGCGACCUUGGGUAGGGCGAGAAGUAAGAGGUUGCUUGGCGCUGACGACUGA